GGCAUUCCCAUGCAGCAGAGACAAAGAGGGGGAAAACGGGCGGAGGUGGGUGGGGGAGUAAAGCGCCGAGGAGUGAGGUGAGGCAGAGCUCAUUCAGUGGGAUCGUUGAGCUGCGGAGCUCCUCGGAUUUUACUAACAGAAAAUCCCUCCGUGUGGUCCGUGAAGAGCCCCUGUGUCCUGGACUCGUCGUGCGUCCUGCAGCUCGCCGUGGCUGAGGCUCUCUGAAGCGGAUGAGACAAGACCCUGCAAAGGGACAAGACCAAAAACUUUUCUCAGUGGGGUUUUCUACAAAGGUAAGAUGCUGUUUUGUGGUUAUUCCAGGUUAUCCUCCAGAUCACAUGAUCAAUACACGCGCUUCAUUUGGGAUUUUGACGGUGUUUAUGGCUUUUUUUAAAUCGUGACUCGCGACACAAUAUUUUUUUAUUGAUGCAGUUAUCUUUAUAAAUUGGAAAUAACUGCUUUUGUUGAGAAUCAACAGCAGGUGCACCGAGAACCUCGUGUUUCCAGGAAAACCAUCAUUUUAAACACAAGAAAAACACAGCUCUCCCUUGAAUUCACCAUUCAGCUUUCUUGUGUGUGUUACUUUUAUAAUUCACCGACGCUCUUAGAUUGAGACAUAAAAGUGUCAACAUGCGGGAGGAAAACGCACACCUCCAACAAUAAGCUCGCGCUGCGCAUUACGCCUGAACAAAAGAGCCGCUUUCACUCGCAUCUUUAAUCUAGUGUCACACGUUCCCGCCUUAAACGCUGACAGGUUCAAAAAUGAGAAAAGUCGACUCUCGGUGUGCAAGAGAUUAAUGAUCAUAGUUCGCACCUUAUGCCCUGUCAGUCGAGGUAACAUCAUAGGAAACAAAAUGCGUCUCUUCAUGUUUGGUGCGACAGCAGCCGCAGGCAACACUUUGUCACCAGAGUCUUAGAUUUAAAUCUUCUGGGACCAGACCUCCUUUACUUUAGAUAUUUGCCUUUCGGGAUGUUUAAUCCUGUCAAAAAUCUUAUUCUAAACCUAACCUUAGUUCAGUAAGACCCGCGACAUCUAACUCCUCACCCUGAUUGAGUAAUUGAUGUUUCAAGGAAAAGAAAGUUGCUGUACGUCAAGUUCUUCCGUUUUUCCCCCAACUUUGAAAGCAUGUCUUUGGAAGAGAGAGUUCAAGUUGAAUCAAGUUGUUGGGAUUUUUGUGGUGUUUCUGAUAAAUGAGUGUGAUAAAUCUUGGUGAGAAAGGGUGGGGCUGAACUUAUCAGGUCACCUCCACAUGGACCUGCUGUGAUUUUGUUGAGAACACUAGUCGAGCGCGUCUUGAGGCUUGGGCUGAGACUGGGCAUUUUCCAGUAUUUAUUUUGAAGGCUUGUUUUGGCAGAUUCAGCGUUUGUUGUGUAAGCAAUCUUAAAGUACACGUGCAGAAAAAAAAAAUCAAUCAAAAGGAAAAAAAAAAAAAGAAAAAAAAAUGUGUGCAGCAGGUUUGCCAAUUUUUUAUGAUAUUUGCCUGCAGCGGUGUCUGUAACUUUUUAGUUCUUGUUUAAAGUACCUCAAUAUCUGCAUAAGUUUCUUUGUUUAUUUAUGUGCUUUUUAAAAUUAAUACUUAUUUAGCUAGUAAAUGUACCUGAGAGAAAAAACAAAACACCUCUGACCUUCCCAUCCCCACCCACCAAUCGAGCCAAUCGUUGUAGCCCUUCCCCUCUUUCAUAUUAAACCUAUACACCCGCUCAGGCAUGCACACACACAUAGGAGCACAUGCUGUUUCCCAAUCGCACCAUCAGUGUCACCAUGGAAACCAACUCUCUUGGAACCUUCACUUGAUCGUCAUCACCAUUACUUUUGUCUUGACACUUACAGAAAUGGCCUACAGGAAAUUCCUGGGUAUUUGUGUUACCAGCAUGUUGAUGCAUGCGAACUUUAAGAGCAGGUGGUGAUGCUUCUUGCUGCACAUAAAUGUUGGCCCAUACUGGUUUGUCAGGUUUGUAGUCGUUUUGUGGCCUUCAGCUAGUGGUACUAAGAGAAGCUGGUUGUGCCACGUGUAUAAAGAUCUGGAGAGGUGCUGAAUUCAGAGUAAUUGCUGGGAGAAUCCGUAAAAUGAAAGUGUCCAUGCAUCUAAUAGGUUUUGUCCUUUUCCCAGAGGCAUCUGUGUAAACUACUGUACUGUGGCAUUUACUGCUUUACAUGAAUGAGCACGACAGAUCAGGCAAGCUCACACAUGCUGAAAGGCAGCAUGAGUCACUGGAUAUAUGGGUGCAUGUCUGUAGGGAGCAUGUUUUUUUUUUCCUCGCCCCAUAAGCAAGUCCAUGUUUUUAUUGUGCAGGGUUUACAUGCUGCAAAUGCAAUUAGCGUUCAGAUCUUAUAAAUUAGAUCUCACAUCCACAUCAGUAGUAAUCUGUUUGGGUGCAUAAGCAUUUGUGUGCAGAGGUGAACCUCAUGAAGGUAGCAAUGAGUUUAAGCUAGGUGGAUGCCAUCAAAUAGGAACAGCGUUUUUCUGAAAAUGGUCGAAAACAUGUUUUCAUUGUUCUGGGAAACAAAUUAAUUUUCUUGUGUUGUGUAGUUUUGUAAUAACUAGCUCUUUUGUAUUUUCAUGCUGACAUUGCUAAUGAGAAAUAAAUGCAACUGGAUAGUGAUGAACUGAAAUCCCUGUCUGUGAUGUGAAUCCAAGUCGUCAUUGAGAAACCCUCCUCCGUGCACAUUAAAGUCAAGUCCAAACUAAAAGUUUGAUCUAUUUUAUAUAUAAAUUACAUGACUUUUAACCUAAUUAAGUGAGCUUCAGGGUUCAGGGUCCAUCAUUGAAUGAAAUCGCCAGCCCCCUUCUUAACACACACAUGCACACAGACAACAUAGAGAGGCACCCACACGUCCAGACAAACCCUGCAGCAUCGCUGAUCGCCCACUGGGAAUGAAACGAGUCCAAAUCAUCUCUCUCCCAGUGAAUCUGUUCUGCUAACCAUCUGUGAGGACGUUACUUUAAUUAGGAUAGACGUCGCUCAGGGUACUCAGGGCAAAGGAGAUGUUUACAUGAACAUGUGUGUUUGUGAGUGUGCCUUUGAGUUUGAUAUUACGUGUUCGACACUCGCACACACUCAAGGGGGAGGGCAGUUGUGUGGAGGUAUGCAGGCAGGGUGAAUAAUACACAAAGGAAGAGGAAGUAACCACACACUGGUUAAAAGAAAAAAAAAAUCAAUAAUCUGGCUGACUGAUAGCUGCUUUAUUGGCUGUGCUUUGAUUACAUCUCAGAGAUCAAUCCUAACAAUUUUAUGGAUUGAUCAAAGUACUCUGCUGUGCUUGAGUAUUAUUAAGUGAAGAAUCUCCUGGGUGGACUUAUUGAGACAACUUAUUUAAAACUGCAAAGUGGACCGGAUAGAAAAUUAGCCAUCACCAGGAACCAGACAAGAACCGAUUAGAAGAGUACUGCUUUGAGACUGAGAAGAGAAUCCUAUAGGAUGUUCACAUGUAGGAAGAGCUGUGAGAAUUUAGUCUUGUUUUCACAGCGAGAAUUAGUCAUAUGUAUAAAUAACGCCUGGAGUCUUUGUGAGCAAAUCAGCAGCAAACAGCGCAGGCCUAUUUUUUUGCUGUUCUCAUAUUUUGCAUUCAAAUCUAUAAUGCACUCCAGAGCAGUUUAACGCCUGAGAGACAAUAAAGCCCAAGUACAAUGUAGAGACACUUCUGUCUCAGCCAGACAAAGUGAGAUUUUACACUGCUAGAAGUGUGAGAGAGAAAGAGAAGUGGGAGUGACGGAAAGAGAAAGAGAUGGGGAGGACAGACAGUUAAACAAAGACUCUGACUUUGGUUGGAGAUGGAUAAACGUUCAAAGGAUGGAGUGAGGGUUGCUUUUUUCUCCUUAAGGGCUGCACAAGCCGCCUGGAGUCAGAGCAUCUGUUACCUGUCUGUGGUGGGCCAAGUCAAAUCUCAACUCUCUCUGCUUCUUGAAGAGGCUGCAGGGAUGAGGAGUGAGAUGGAAAGAAUGAUAAAAAUAGAGAGUGAGAAAAAGGGAGGCGGGGGGAUCAAGGUGGGAAAGCGGAGAAAUAAAAAGAAAGACAGGAAACACGCUGGAACAGCUGAAGUUGACUAAAGAUAGAGGAGAGAAAACAGCUGAAACAGACGCCAGGAUACAGCAGAGAGUCAUCCGCACAGCAGUGGCUGUGCGGUGUUCUGCAUGUGCGUGGUUGUGUGUCUCCAUUCAUGGAGCUUCUCUGUGGUCUUGCUGGCAGUCUGUGGCUGCUAGUGCUUGAGUAAUCCUCCUGGGAACACACUGAAGCUGCCAAAGUACCAUCCAGCUCCUCUUUUCAGUCUUUACCACCCUCAUGCUCGUCUAUCUAUGUCUCUCUUUUACUCGCUCUUUCAAUACUCCUCUUUUUCUACCAUUAGCCGUUCCUUUCUCCACCUCUUCUCAAUUAACUUAAUAAGUACAUCUACGUCUGCACUUGAUUUUCUCUGCCUGCUCUUUAUCACUGUACUCCUGAUGUGAAUCUUCUUUAAAUGUGGGAUUCAUGCUCUUUUUUCAUCCUUUUUCUUUUGCUCUUGUGGUCUGGCCCUAUAGAAACGGUGUUUUGGUUCUCAGAGAGCAGAACAGAGUGAGGCCUUUCCCAUGGGUUGACCAAACAAAGAGCCUGGCUCUCUUCACUUCUGUAUGACUGCACAGGAACAGAAACACAGGCAUUCACUCGGCAGUCUGCUACUGAGCGGCAAAGCGAUAGAUCUCCGCUGGCCCUGGUCAAAGCAUUUCUUCAGUUUUGUUAUGAGACAGCAGCGAUCAUUAAACAGCCCAUAAAAUCUGUGCUGAUGGGCAAGGGGUGGAGCAUAGACUGAAAACAUUGAACACAGUGCGUUUGACAUCAGAUUAAAAAAAUAAUUUGUAUGCCUUGUAUGUAAAAUUGAUCAAAUCCUAUCUCAUGGUCAUGUUGUCAGAUAAUUACAUCGCAGUGUGAUAACUAUCAUUUAGCAGAGGUCAGUUUAAAGAGUAAAAUUGAGCCUGUUUUAUGCUGCAUAACAACUUAAAUGAUAAAAUUGCUGAAACAAACACAAUAUGUAUAAAAGCAAUACAAUAUGAGAGUGUUAAAACACACCUCAAAGUUCCAGAGGUUUAUAACUUGAAAAAACUUUAGGCCUGUAUUUGUAGGUGUUCAUAAAUGCUAUAUAAAUUAAAUGUAAAAAGGGGGUAAAAUUAGUAAAAUAUCUUAAAAUGAGGUUUUUCAUGUUUUUAAAUCAGUCUUCAUUUAUCAAACAAUUAAUCUGUACUAUUGAGUGCCAUUUCACAACAAAAGUUAACUCAAGACGCUUUACAAAAAUGAUUAGAUGGCAUGAUUUUUACAUCACUGUGACCUGAAAUAUCAAAAAAAAAAAAAAUCAAGUUAAAGUUUAAUUUCAUUUGAGUGAUUUUACUGGUGUAUCAUGUUUCAAAGUAAAGCAGAGUAUCAAAAUUUUCCUUUACCUAGAGGCAAUCUAAAGGCUGCGUCAGCAUUUUUGUUCUUUUAGUCAGAAAAAAAACCCACACAUGCACCAAUAAUCUCUCGAAGUUCUACACAUCAAAGAAAUUUAUUACAGAGUUAAAGGCAAGAGGGUUGGGUCCACAGCCUGUAACAUACAACAUGUGUAUACUUGCAGAUUUAAUAACAGGAUUAAACUGAUCUGGGUAAUAAAAUUCAGUCAGUGUUUUUCCAAACGACUCCAAAGGAUUCAGAUUCAGCAGAUUAUUUGCUACUAACGUUUGCAUACUUGGUUGAGAGGCCCCAAGGGGAUUGAACCAGUGUCAACUAUGGAACAGUGACAGCCUCACCCCACCCAAUUCUUCAUAACACCCUCCACCCGAAAAAAACCCAAACCACCCACAUCACGUUGGCACCUGCUGCAUUGGAAUUCAGGUCAGCAGGGGGAGUCACGAAAAUUGCUCUAAGUGAUUGGUGAAGAAGAGAAGGGGUGCACAGGGGAUGGGGGUCUUGUUUGGUUUUGUUUUGUUUCUUUUUUUCUCUUGGCACCAAAGACCAUGCCACUAAGAACAAUCAUCCCAUUGUACUCCAACAAAGGAAUCAUAAUUGAAGCACAUUGAGUGACUCGUACAAAACAAGAAGCAGACUUCAUGUGAACAGUUAAUGUGAACAGAUUCGCACUGGUGAUCAGAUUGAGCAAUCUGUGCUAAUGCUGUUGCUCUUCAAAACUUUAAUACAAAACAAAAAAUCGUUAAGAUAAUCCAAUAGAUUCAAUGUGAUUGAAGUAUUUGGCAGUUUUAUAAACCUUAUUUCAUGAAGACAACUAAAAAUCAUUCUUUUAACUUGUGUUACGCUACAAAAGAAUCCACUUUAUUUUGUAGUUGCUCAAACUGCCUCCCUCCUUUGAAGAGUAAAGCUUUCGUGACAGUUUCAUAACGAGGAUGAAGAGAGAAUCAUCCAAUGAGGGAUAAAGAGGAAGAGGAUGGAGAGGUAAAUGUUGGAUUUGAUGCUGCCCAGAGUUUCCAUAUGGUAAGAAAAAUGAGGCUUGAUGUAUCACUUACAUUCGUUUCUUCAAGCAACAUCUUAAGGUUGACCUGGCCAUGGACACAGUAAAAAAACAACUUUUUAAGGGUGAAAUAAAGGGUUCAAAUUUAAGUAAAUCUUGCACCUUUCCCCACUUCACCCACUUCCCCUCCACCUUCCUCUUCCUUUGCUCUCUUUUUGCUAUUCCACAAAUCCUCAAUUAAGUGCGUAAUGGGCCUCUGAGGCAGGUUUGUGUGCCUCUUUGUUCAGCUCAGGGAGAUCGGCCGGCAUUAAUGUUCCUCUUGAGUAUGUAAAUAGCCCGAGCUGUGGGAGCGCAGAGCGGAGCUGCCACUUUUCCACUUAAUCGCAGAGAGCUCCAUCACUUUCGGACAUCUUGGGGAGCCAAAAACGGGACAUGCAUGAGAACUCCAGCACUAGAUACAAUGCCCACACUCGGAGGAGUAACCUCAGCACCCAUGUCCGCCUCCCACCGCUUCCGGAAUAAACCCCGUUUGCUCUCUCACCCUCAGGACCCUCACCCCUCCUACUCCACAGAUCCCCUGAUGAGUCCUCCCCCCUGCAUGUGUGUUGCUCCCCUACAGCUCAGCCUAUCGCAUCCCCAGACCCUACAGUCUGUUUUGUUUACCUCGCCCACUUGUCCAGCGGAACACACAACAAUCCCCUUCAUUGCAUGUUUGUCAGCCCCCUUUUCAGGAGUAAAAGAGGAGAGAGGAGAAGAGGGGGGAGGGAGGCGGGGGGGUUACAAAAACAAAAAAAAUGAAGGAAACAAUUAAAUGGCCCCUCCUCCCCAUGAACCCCGUGCUAGCGGUUUCCCAGCUCGAGAUUCUGUGAACUAACUUGGAGGCCUGUAAAGUGGCCCAUUAUUCUAGUAGGGGUGGCGUGUUCCAAGAGCGGCCGGCCUCAAUGGCUGAUGAACACAGAGAGGGUUUUGUUUGUGAGUUUUGGCUCACUGCAUUAUGCACUGGUUAAUGAGGAGCUGCAUCUAUCUAUCUAUCUAUCUAUCUAUCUAUCUAUCUAUCUAUCUAUCUAUCUAUCUAUCUAUCUAUCUAUCUAUCUAUCUAUCUAUCUAUCUAUCUAUCUAUCUAGUCAUUUUCUGUCUGUUUGUCUGUCCAUCCAUCUGUCAGUGUGUUUGUCUUUCUGCCAAAAUAGCAAGUUCCUGUCAACUAGUAAGGAGGUUCAUGUUCUUAUGUUACCAAAUUUAUCUAUCUCAUUUAUUACAUAACAUUUUAUAUCUAAUGGUUUCUUCUCAUAACGCCAUUCAAAGUAAAUACAUGACCUCCCACCAGAAAAAGAUGCAGUUUCAUCCGUAUUAGAUUCUCCGAAUUGAAUGCUGGUAUAAAUCAAUUUAGAUAUAUUUUCUAUAUAAAAACCAAAAACUGAAUCCCGUUUGAUCCGGAUGGAUCCUGUGGUGACAGAGAAUCCAUGUUCGUCUCAUUGUAUGAGGAUUACAGAGUACCAGGAUUUCGGGGAAUUUGUGUCGUAUUUCUUAAAUCUGGACUGAAGGGGGGGUUUACCACCCUCUGAGCAGGCUGAGAUGAGCGUACUCAGGGGAUUUAGCUGUUACUUGGAUCAAAGGGAGGAGAUGUGUAGAGAAUGCUUUUGCCCAGAGGUUCUGAUAAUGAUUGACUGUGACUGCAGGCAGGCUGUCAUAAUUAGGCAGUGGAGAAAGCUGAAGCGGGGAUACCAGUGCUGCAUGUGACUGAAGAAAUAUUUACAUAGUUUGACCAAGUAUGCUGUGAAGAAUGACGUGGAAAGAAAAACAAAGAAGUGAGGAUUGAGCAGCAGGGGUCCCACUGGGGGCUUUUCAUAUGUAACAGCUGUAGGUAAUAGACAACAACUAGCUCUGAUUUUCACAUCUAUUGAGGUAAAACUUUUCUGGGUUUAUUUUCAUGCAUGUGGUACUGAAAGAACAGAGUCAGUGAAGUGGUCCUGAAAGGAAAGCAGACUUGUAUUCACACAGCUUAUAGCACAGGUCAAGGCUUUGCUUUACUUAGUCUCAAAGGGGUUUCCUUGAAGACAAGGUUUUCUGUCAAAGUUUUUGCUUUAUUUUGAUGAUUACAAUUCUCAUCACUAAACUGAAACUGUUAGGAAACACUCAGGCUCUCACUAGGUUGUUGUACUCCACCAUAUUUAUGUCUUCUGUUUGUUUUAGUGUCUGAAAGCAAGAGUUCAGUGUGGUUCCAUAAAUCUCUCUGAAAAUAUGUCAGGAUUGCUUAGCAGAGAGAUGAAAGCAGGCUUUUAGGUGAGGCGGUGUAUUGUAGAAAAGAGUCAGGAGGAAACACACAAGUAAAGAGGAGGAGAGCGAAAAAGCAAACAUAAUGAGGAAGAGAGAGAACACAUGCGUCCACAAUGAGAAAGAGUGACAGCUCUGUCACACUUCCCUGCUCUCUUGAUAUGCUUCCCUAUUGUAUUCUGGUCUGCACUGAUGUGAAGCAGUUUCUUCACUGCAGAAACACAGACAGGGAGUGUUGCAAUUAGAGAGAAACACAAUGCACACAGGAGGUAUUUGCAUCAAAACUAGAUAAUGGUGUAACUGAAGAAAAGCAUGUGGCUGAUAACAUCACUGUGAGCCAUGUCUACAUAUGUUUCAGUUUCUGUUACAGUAAUAAGCAUAGCAUGGCAAACAGACAGUAAUGACCAUAUGGCAUAUGUCCCAUAUGGGAAGUGCCUUGACAUAACUUAGGCACUAUACCAAUAGAGCAGACAUGACUUGAAUCCAAAAACCUCAAGAGUGAUUUAAGCUAAGCAUUACAGUGUAAAAUUGAAUGUCUAUGUGCUGUGUAGAGAACUGAGACAGAAUACACAGUAGCUACACAGCUAAUAAAUUUCUCGUGCAUUUGUAUAGCAUAAGAAUUAGCAGGUAUCUAAAAUAGUCACCAACAAAUAUGAACUUAAUAGUGCUAGAAAGUGAUUUCCCCCCAAAAUGGUACCAUAAAGAAGAACAUAUAUCUAAUUGUAUCCUGUAGCCUUCACUUGUCAUGUUGAAGACUCGUCCCAACAUGCCCUGUGGCCACUGAAAAAAUUACAUUGACUGACAGCCUAUAGGAUUUGGUGAGUCAUGUGCCAGAAAUGUUCAUGUAUUUGCCUCCAUGUGUGUGCUGCUGGUCAUCCUCAAUGGCUGAUGUAACGUGCCGUAUGUGUGUUUGCAUGUGCGGGAAUGCCCUUUCUGUCAACACUGUGGGGUGGUGAAAGGGGAGCAGGACAGGGCCGUUGCUGCAGGCUGUGCUCCGUCCCUGCAGACCUCAGUGUUUAAUUAGUGAGAGAACAUCCAUCCUCCUUAGUCCUCUUAUUGGCAAAUCCAGAGUGAGACUGUAAAACCCCCUCGCCCUGCCUCCAAAACCACAGGACUGGACCAGCAGAGAUUUAUGACUGCAGACAAGAGUGCGAUAUUUCCUGUCUAUGUUUGAGUUUGCAUGCUUGCAUUUUACUCUCAAAAAAAAAAAAAAAGCGAGAUUGGGGCCAGACGGUGGGUGCAUCUAUCGUUUAUGUAUAUUCAAACUUUUCAAGUGUGGCAGGUGAGUUUAGUGAUGUAUGAAACAUAAUUUGCGCAGUAAUCCCAUUUUGCGGGCCAGCUGCCUGACACAGAUGUCAGCUCUUCAUGUAUCCACACAUAACCUGAUAACACAGAAGCCCUUCAUAUGCUGGAUGUGUAGGGACAUGGGCAAUCUCAUUCUCCACUUCAAUUGAUUGCUUUAAUCUGACCUUUGUCCCACCCUCUCUCAGCACUUCCACUUAUUUUCUCAUCUGUUUCCCAUUCCGUGUCUUUGUCUCCAUCCCUACCUUCAUCAGCCACACCUUGCUUUUUCCACCCUCCCCCUUUUUAUCCUCCACCCUUCCCCCAUACAUUGUUACACAUCUAUCUUUAUAUGGCAUUUUUCUCUCUCUAAUACACACCUCCCUCUCUCCCCUCCUCUGUCAUCCCCCUCUCGACUAACGGGUGUACUAUAGUGACGGUUGUAACAGGGGGGUUGGGUGGUCCUUCCUUACUGGCAGAUUUAAUGAGCUCCUGUGGGGAUCGGACCAAUGCCAUCAAAAGCAGCAUUCAGCUAUAGCAGGCUCUGUUAAACAGAUGCGCCUUUGCUUAUGAUAACAGCUUCAUGUGCAAAUGGCGUGAACACUGAGUGGCAAUAGAGAGUUGAGAGAAUAUGAACAUGUCAUGUCUGAGAUAGGUGUGUGACCACUGGUUAGAAAGAGAAGGAUGCGUGAGGAAAAUAUCCAAUGACUAUGGAUGGUCUUUCCUCUGUUGACCUUUCAUCCCUGCUGCUUUUGAUGGACAGUGGGGGCUGGGAACGAGUAGUGAACAAGAAGAGAGACAGAGUCCUUUUGGUUACAGCCGGUUACAUGAUUUGGUGGAGAAAAGAGUUCAAAUCUGAGAUAUUUCACAUGAAUGCAACAGAUUCUUCAAGUGGCUCACUUGAAGUGAAGAAAACAAAGAGGAGACCUAAAUUUGGAAUGAGAAAGAUGUGCAGGCAUGAAUGUGAUUACAUUCGAGUGUAAGAAUAGAUGCCAUCAAACUAAAGCCCUCUGCUGAUAUUAUCUAGAUGAAUGGGAAUCAUCCAAUUCAGCUUUGCAACAACCGCUUCCCAGCAUAACAGGCUGUUAGCACAUAAUUACAGUGGGACUGGUCACAUCUGAGGGACCUAUGCAGAUUACAACAUUGGCCUCAGGAUUCCCAGAGGCUCUCUCUAAUGACUGCCUCAUUACGGACACAAAGAGUUGUGUCAAACAAAGGGGUACCUUAGAGGAUGCUGAGGGACAGACACGUACAGUGUGGUGCAGUCAUGCAUUGCCAGGAUGCUGAUGCACCCUGAUUGUAAAACAGAAAAGUAGAAAUGAAAACUGUAAUGAGAGAAUAAAGAGGAAUUUUCAGUGUUACGUAAUGUGCAGAGUGCUUUUUUACAAGUUGCAGCACAUAAUGGGCAGUAACCAAAGCUGAGAACUGUUUUUAAAUAGAAAUGUCAUUAAAAAAAACAAGUCUACCCUCUGACAUCAGUUAAUGACAAGCAUUUGUUCCUGUUGGCUUUAUUUUUUUGUCUCUGGGGGCACAUGCUAAUCCAAGGAUUACCUAAUACCAGUUGUGUUUAAAACCACUGGUUUAGCAGUACACUUAAGGUCACAUGAGCUAAGGUCAGAGACUCUAGGUCGUACACCGAGCAAAAGGUAUUUUGGUGUGCAAUGCAAGUGACAUUUUUGUUUUGUUAUUUUUAAGCAUAGCACUCAUGUUGUGCCAAUGGUGAGUCAGCUUGCUUCUGAGUCAGUGCUCAUGUGAAUUCCCUGCAGGUGUUUAUCUGACAUCGAGGUGUGGUUAAGUCAGGGUCACGACACUUUCCUGCAAUAGAGAUGGCACUGUUGGACACAAGAGUUUGAAAACUGCAUUUUUUUUUUUUCUUCUUUUUGCUUAUUAUGCAAGAACAAUGACACCCAGCAGUGCUCCAAUUCACAACAAAAUAUCUGUUUUUUUCUGGUGCUGUAAAACAGAGUUUUGUUUGGGACAAAGGCCUCAGAUGAUACAGCUUUUUGUGUGGGGUUGAUCCAUGGAUCCCAGAGAAUGGGACACCAUUGAUAUCCCUGCUAGCAUACCUGCUUCACCUAAGUCCAAAAAAACCCUACAAUUUAAGAAAUCAUCCAGCUUUCCAUCAUACACACUGUCUUUGAUGCUUGCUCUCUUUAAAACACAUGCACACACAACUGUAUUUCCUUUUUUCUUUAAUAUAAUAAACUUCAAUGAAAGUCUCUGUACCACAGGCCAUAGUGCCCACAGAUAUCAUUUAGACUAACAAUGCAGUUUAACACAGGAAUAAAAAUCAGUUAACAACAAUUUACUUUACCUUGAUGUAAAAUACAGGGGAUCGUGUCCAAAUCUGUUGGCAUAUCCUGAGUUGGAAAUGGUUCAUGCACUUUAGCUGCGAUGCAUUGUGCAUAAAUAAAAGCACCUUUGUAAAUUUGGAAAGUCCCUGAUUAUUUUUCCUUUGCAGGGGUUUAAAAACCCUAACUAAUAACUAAUACGAGAGGAGAAGUCAAAUUUGCUGGUCUAAUUGCAGUGAGAUAGAAAGACUGUAAUCCUCUGUGUUUGUAGAAACUCAGUCUGAACUCUUGCCCCCCCUGUGCCUCACUAGGUCUCCAGAUUGUGGGCUUCUUAACUGACAACAUGUAGUUUCUCUUGGCCAUGUAGUUUCAAGCAUGUGUUUCAGAUCCUCAAUAUGGGGCCUUGUGUCACUGACCGUGGUGCUGAAUGUCUGCUCUGAUACUUUAUACUUGUAUGGAAGGUUAAACUACCCUUCAAGACCUGAAAGCCCAUUGUGGAGAGCUAAAUGAAAAUAUGAUAUGAAACUGAUUGAAUAAAAUGUAUUAUGAAAAGUUCAAUGACAGUUUUUUUAGUAAUAUGAGAGAUUAGCUUACACUGCUGUUAUGUGUCUUUACUCAUAUGCAUUUACAUCUUCUGACAAAAAGCUUGUAGUUUGUAGUAAGAGGCAUUUCUUUUGGCUCUGUAGAAUAGCUUAUUGAUCUUAGUUGCCUGAUGCUGAGUUCAUAGGUCACUUCUCAAGGGAAAAUAAAUUCAAACCACUGUUAAUGAUGACUAGCAAGUUGUUGUGAUGGCGCCCUUUCUCUGUGUGGAAGUUUUAUCUUAAAGAACAGCAAAUUAACGUAUUUAUUUGACUGAUGUUAACCCAGUAAUAGGCAUGUUGGCAUUACUCCCCUCUUGGAAUCUGUAGUUUGUUUUGAAUCCCUUGGAAUUUACCCAUGUGAAUACAUGCAGCUUUUUCAACAGUUCUUCUAGCUCUAUGCAAGUAUGAUCAGAACAUGUCAUCAGUCCAGGAUUUACUUGGAUAGACCACUGAAUGACUCUAUAUAUAGACAUUUAUUCCUGUGCAAUUCCUUAAACUAACUGAACUACAGCUCUUGUGAGGACAUUUGAGCUAUUCAUGAAACAGACUGAAAUAAAAUUGGAUGCCUCUAAAUGACUCUUAAAAGCCAAUGAGAUAAGUUGUCAGGGUAAAUCAGAAAGUAUGAAUUUGCAUACCCUCCUGCAAUAAUCUUUUAUGACAUUUUCAAUGACAGAGAUUAAUUUUGAGUGACUCUUGAAAGAUAUGAAGAUGAGAUUUUUGACAGAAAAUCUUGUUUACAUGUGAUUAUAACUACAAAAAGGUAGGACAUUGGCUACUGCCUUGUUAGCAAGUCUUGUCAUAUGGCACAAACUAGAAGUCCCCAAAGGAACCUUAAAAAGUAGGUUUUGAUUCACCUGCAGUGACAUUCAUGUUUUCUUUUAUUGCUGAUGUAGAACAGCCGGUUCUUGGCAUGUAUGCCCAAGAGUUUUUGUCUGUACAUCAAAGGCAGAUAUGAAACACACGUAAGAUAUGAAGACAGGAUUUUCCCACCUGACGACAUGACUCUCUUGGGGAUGUUCUCACUGAGUAACUGUUGUUGAAGUGCAUGCUGGGAAAAACAGACAAUCCCAGUGUUUAUUGUGGUUUGUUGUUUGAGUUGAAUCUAAGCAAAGUUUUGGGGUAACAUGGGGUAAACCAACCGAUGGGAAUGUUUUUCACCCCUUACUCAUAGUGGAUGUUGUUUUUUUAGCAAGAAGCACUCUUUAAGAGCGUCUUCUGUUUAGCUGAACUACUGGGAGGCUGUAGGUUAAACUGCUGCUGGAAUAAUCCAAUUGGAAUGACAGUCCACACAUCUCUCUAUUACUAUCUAUCAGGGGAGACAUUCAUCCCAACGACCAUCGAGGGAUACACCACUGAGAGGUGUGGGGUGACAAAGCUCCUCUUUCUUCUGAUUCUGGAAUUUAUCUCCCACUUCCUAUGCACAGCACAACCUGAAGUGUUUGCUGAGAGCUUCGUUUGGGUGUGGGGUGGUGGUAGGGGGGCUUUUCACAGCUCCCAGGCACCCAGUAUGUGUGAGCCCAUUUCUUCCCACUGCAUGGCAAGUGGCUGUGAGGCCCAAAGGGGGCCAGAUAUAUCCGGAGCCUGGCCCUGCUCCAGUUGUCUUUACCUCACAAGUAUAUUGUGAUGCUCCAGUCAUGAGAAUGGGAAGCGGGCCUCUUCAGGGACUAGUGGCACCCUCGCCUUCUCCCUUAUAUCUUCCUCUCUGUAGUAACGUGGAUCCAAAUAAGUCGAACUAGACAUGUUUAACCACGUAGCUGGCGACAAAUGUAAACAUUUAAUUAUUAUGUAAGCACAUGUCGUGAAUGUUAGAGCAGCUCUGAGUUGAGGCACGUGACGGCAGCUCAUUAAUUAUGCACAGGAGUCCCAAAUAAGCUUAAUUAAAAUUGUCCUGUGAAUUUUUUUGUGAGGUUUUGAUGACUUUUAAGUCUAUGACAUGAAAUUGUCUUCGAUGGGGAACGAAGAUUUGAUGUGUAAUUCACUUUGUCUCAGAGUCUUUUAUGGUGUGUGUUUGUUUGCUGGGUGUGUGCAUGUGUGUGGCUGCGAGCUUCCUCUUCCCUCUUGAUCCCCUUCUCUCUAAGCUGCGGAUCGUUGCUAGGACAACCCCUCGUGGUCCUCGCUGCAUCGCAGCAGCCCUCAAUGCCAGCACUCAGGGAACCUCCUCGCACUGGGAAGGCAGCAUAAAAUCGGGAUAAUCGCUGUCGAUUAUGGGACACAAUGGGCUGCCGCUUGUGAAAGAUUCAUUCAUCCUGGAAAAAGAGACUGUGGAGGGGGAAAGAGAAAGGGGCGCCUUGGUCCCUCCGCUGCUCUCCCACGGUGGGCACAGGCAUGACAUCAGUGGCCUGAAAGAACGGGCAUUCUGGACAUGCCCACUGCUCCCCCUCCCUUGCUAUACCCUCACACCCCCCUCCCUCUGGAACCCCCUCCCGUCUUUUCUCGCCCCUGCCAGUUUGGAUGCAGCUCUUGGCUGGGCGAUUUGGGGCCACUGCCACUGUUUGCGUGUGAAACAAAGCCCCUCAGAAGGAAGAGAGAGGAAGCAGAGAGCUUCACAUGGUACCAGCCAAGAGCAGGGAUGGCUGCCUCGGCCUUCCCCUCACAGGCCCCCUUUUUUGGCUGAGAGGUGCUGCUGUGACCCCAGUACCCCCAUCUCCCCGAGUGUCCCUCUUCCUCCCCCUCUGUAACCCCUUCUUCUCUGUCCGGCUCUCUCUCUCUCUCCCAUCCCUUAAAAACUCCUCUCUCUUCCCUGUGAAGGCCCUUUUGAAUGAGUAUGACAUGUCAAGGGAUUUAGGAUGAGUGAUUUCUCAUGACACAACCUUUGCCGACAGAGCUGGGAUUCCUCUGGCUUUUGUUGUGCAGUUGGUUGUUUGUUUGAAGAGGAAAUAGCUUUCCAACACAUUUCCCUAAUUAGAAUAAUGUGAUACCGCUCAAUACCAUGUGAAGUCCCAUGCUGCUGGGAGACUAGAGGGAAACCAGCGUGACACCAUCCUCACAUGAAUCACGUUGGUCAUUUGUGUUGUGGAGUCCAAGGCUUUGGAGUUUCACUGAAUUGUGGGUAAAUCUAUACAUAAAUCUAUAAGACUUACAUCUGUGUAUCUUAUCUUGAAAGCAUCUAAAUACAUGUACAUAUUUUACAUUUUCUCCUGUAGAUAUGUAUUUUUCAGAUCUUUGAGGGCUGUAGUUGCAUCUAAUGAUGCCAUUGCCCUUUACGGGUAUUAAAGUAUUUGCUUGAGAGCAAUACAGCGCUGUAACCUAAAGAGCAGUACAUAUUAACGCCUCAUCUGCUGUCCAUCAGGAUGACCUGUAACAUGAUGGACGCUAAAUCUUCUGUUGCUUUUAUUCCCCUGUAAGAGAGAGCACCACUGUCCACAUAGUGCCAUUAGCAAGCAUCAUCAUGCUCAUCUCCGAAGGCAUGGCCUGGCCCUUGCUCUCUCAUGCAUCUGGAUGAGUCCAGGAGUUUGCUCUUUCGAGGGAUUACACCAUCCAGGGAAUAGAGGGUCUCUGAGGGAUUUGACACUUAAGCUCAGAUGUUGACUCCUCCCUCUUCUUCUUGUGUUGUGUUUUUUUUUCUGGGAUGAUAUAAUGCAUUUGUGUAUUAGAUCUGUUUUUGUGUGUAUGUGUGUGUGUGUGUGAAUCGGGGUGUAGCUGGUUGUGGGUGGUGGGUGGUGGCAGAGUCAGGGGUGGGGGGUAGAAGGGGGUUUUGCAGACUUUAGGAUGGGGCAUUUCAGGUUGCUGUGGCUGUGACGGGGGUCUGUGUUGACGUGCUCCUCUCUGGAUGCUGUGAAGCUGGAGGACAGCGGGGAACUGAUUGCUGUCCGCUGAGCUCCAUUUUUUUUUUUAACUUUGGACUUUAUCGAAAGACCUGAUAAACUUUUUUGAUGGAGCAGUCCUGAUCCAAUAACUCUGUCUUGUGCUGAUUAACUCUAAAUACCAAAGUCUGGAGGUCUGAUCCUGGUCAAUGUAUAUUGCACUUACCUCAACUCCACCAGAAAUGAAGUAAGUACGGUGCAGCGCUUUUACACUUGUGGGAAUAAUUUAGCUUGACCAGUUUUACUUCACUUUUCCAACCGAAGGAACUAAAAGUAUUAUUUUGUAUGUAUGUAUGCAUGUACUUGACUUUUCUGGCCUGAUCCGGUACAUAAGUGAAUUGGUAACUUUGGUUUGGCGGAAUAUUGAAUUCUUCCUGUUUUUUUUUGUUCGUAAUCCGGUUUGACACCAGGUGUUAUUUUAUUAAGACCUUCAUUAAUUCUUCAUGGUUUAAUGGUGCUGUAAUGCAAUUAAUCUGACUAAGCUGGGGGCCAAGAUUAAGCUCUUCAUGAGAUGAUCCCAUUAGGAGACUGCAGGGAAGAAACAGAAUGUGUGUGUGUGUGUGUGUGUGUGUGUGUGUGUGUGUGUGUGUGUGUGUGUGUGUGUGUGUGUGUGUGUGUGUGUGUGUGUGUGUGUGUGUGUGUGAGAAAGAGAGAGGGAGAGAGAGAGAGAGGGAGGGCAUCUGUGUGUGUCUGAGCAUUUUUGUCUUUUGAAUCAGAAGGUUCUGUCAGAGUUUUAAGCCAUUUAAACUUUGAGACGCUCUGAGUGACUUUUUUUGCUUUCACAUCUUCUUAAAGGAGGAGCUCUGCUUCAGUUGAAUUAUUGAACACAGUGGGGCUGUAGGCCAGAGAGUAUUAACUCUAAUCUCAUGUCAUGUUAAUGAACGCUUAAAAUAUGUGCGGAAAAGAUAAUUUUCUCUACAAUAAAAUCAUUUGUUAAAAUAUAAAACAUAUUGUGAUACACAUCAUGUUUGCAAUGAUAGCUCUCUGUCGGAGCUUUGUGCUUUAAAUGCACUAUUUCUUCUGUUAAGCACACGCUCUGCACCCACAUCUGUCUCUGACUUGGUGUGAGAAGUGCUAAUGAGAAGACCAUGACAGAGUAAUAUCCGACUUCUGUGAUGUCUGCUUCCUCUCGCUCUCUGCGGGCUAAAAAUAAAGGAAGAGAGAGAAAAGGGUGAAAAUUUAAUUAACAGGAUUCAUCACUCUUUCGGAAUAGGAUUACAUGGUAAUGGUAGUUUUUUAGCUUUUGAUCCUGGGUUUUACUUAUUCAUACAGCUCUUAUCUUUGGGAUGAACUCACGCAAUGUAGGAUGCAAUGAAGGCUAUUGUUUUUCCUGCUGUUUGCGUGUUUUUUUUUUCCCCUUGUUUUUCACACUUCACUUUGAAAUUAAUAAGAGGAAAUAGGACCAGUCCAUCUGUGUGCCUGGAAGCUGACCAUUUGGUCUUUGUAUAGCUGAACGCAGUAAUACACCAAAGCUGGGGGGAGGUGUGUGUAAAUGUGUGAGUGUGUGUUCAUGUGGAAUUAUUUGUGACUACUUGAAAAACAACAAAAGCACCGUAAGAGUCUUUGGAUGUGAGGAAGUUUUCAAAACGUGGUCUAUUGAUUUGAGCUCCCUGUCCUGCCUUUGAUGCAGUUUGGGCUUUGAAAAAAAAAAAAAAAAAAAGACGUGACAGCCAGCAUGAUUAAUUUCUAUGGAGUGUUCUGACUUCAUCGUGGAGUAAAGGGGGAGGGUGUGAGAACAAAAAAAAAAAAUAACACCACCAUUGAGGCUUCCGUUUGUGAGUUUCAGGCCAUGAACCCCAGGGGUGAGGUCAAAGGUCACAGUCACAUUGUUUCAUCUUUGCCUCUCUUUGUAAUUCAUCACAGCAGACAUUUUUAUAGGCUUAUUGCUGAUGAAUGGCAACAUAUGGACCCUCUACUUCCUCAUAGACAAAAAGGAUGUCAAACCCAGCAUGAUAAUUUGAUCGAUCAUCUUUACCUCUUGUUAAGAAAAGCUUCAAUAAAAGCCUCUCCAUUUUUUUUCUUCCCAUUCUCACCCACUCUGUGUGUUAUUGAACACCUGACAAACAGGCAUUUGAUACACACAGCUGGCUCUCUUCUCUCCAACAAACUCAUGCAUACCUCAAUGAGAUGACAGGAAACUGCUGUCCGUAAUGGGAAAUCACUUUACAUUUAAUAAUGAGGCUUUGUGACUGAGCCUCGACUUCACACUAUCAGAGGUUUUGAGAGCUUUGGAAUUUACUGUCGCACAAUUGUAACUGAAUAAAAAUAAUCCUUAACAGACAAAAGGUUUGCUUUUCUUCUACCUAACUCGUGCAUUUUUGUGCAGUCAAGUUGGCAGAUGUUGCAUUAUUUUUCAUUGGGGUAAAUCAUUGUCUCAAGUUUUUUUUUUUUUUUUCACGGGUCUCUACCCUGCACACGGUAUAUAACAGUAAUACAUCUCCCCAAACAGUUAUCUACCUAUCUAUCUGUUUUGAGUCCUAUUUUCAUAUUUAUUCCUGCUGUUUGUGGUCAGGCAACAUGGAGGUUAAUUCUUAUAUAACCCAACACCAGAAGUUACGACACACUAACGUCUUUACAAAUAAUCUAUAACAACGUGAUGAACUUCAAAGAUGCACAUAUUUUGAUCAAACUGAAAGUACUGCAAUGUGCGAGCAGCAGCUUGCAGUCUGCUUCCAUCUGUUUGAUGCCAUAGAAACCAGCGACACUUUUGAUGAGUGACAGCUUGGCAGCACAUGUCAUCGCAUUGCAUUUUGCAAUUUCAGUUUUCUUUUCAACUCUAGUACAGUUUCUAAAGGCAUGAUGAACAUCUUAUCUUCUAUGGUUUCUGCAUAACCAACACAAUGCCUUGAGAAUGCUCCUUUGGUGUCUAUUUAUACCUUUGUAUCUGGUUGAUAAGUGUUUAAUCUGUUUUUUCUUUCUGCCGCAGUGCCAACAGUAUGCCUAAACAAGUGGAGGUGAGGAUGCAUGAGAGUCACCUGGAGCCCAUAGAGGCCAGGCCUCAGUCCAAAUGUGCCAAAAUCUGCUCCAAGCUGUUCAAAAACCUUCUGCUCACACUCACUGUCCUUGGUAAGUUUCCUGUGUAUUUUUCUUACCUUCUUCCUACCAAAACCCACUGUGUGCUAAAGAUGGACCCUGACCAUCACUGGGCUCUGUGUGUCCUGUUCACUCUGAACUCCAUCAUGUGGCCCGCUCUUAAUGUGAUGAAGAGAUGCCAUCUGUGCCUGCUCAGUGCAGCAGACAGUAAAAUGACUGGGUGUUCUGACCUUCCCCAGCUUUGUGCCACCUGUUGCUAUCAAAAGCUUUCUGCAGCAAUGGACACUCAAACAGCCUCUGGUAGUGCAUUAAACAAACUGUAUUAUCAUAGUGGAUAACUGUGCCACAGGAGAGGAAGGAUCAAGUUAAAGAGAAAAAAGGGCAAGAAAGGAGUAAAGCAGCUUGUCUUAAAUCUGCUGUUUGUACACCGUAGAUAGACCACUUCACUUUUGUACUGUCCAUCUUUUCAAUACAGACUGUGAAAGUGUCAAAGCUGUUCAAAUACAUAUAUAAUACAAAUGUGCACAUAUUCUGAUUAGUCAUGUGCUUUUUUUAUCUGUAUCACCCUUGCAUGGGUUUCUGUGUGUGUACAUCUCACCCCACUUGGCAGGACUCUCUCUAAGCUAGACAGCCAGCAUGAUCAUUGAUCAUCUGUCACUUGGCAGAUAAGAGCCUGAAUGAGAACUUGCAAAUGGGCCAAAGAGAAAACAAACAGGAAAUCAAGAGGCUUCCAAAACCAUUGGGUGUACAGAAUCCACAGGAUGCUGCAAGACUGCAGGAUAGAUCAGAGCACUGAGGACAGCUUAUGAUUCAAAAAGAAAAGAAAAAAAAUAAGAGAGAAAGUCUGGAGGACUUCUGAUCACAGUGUGUCAUUAAACACAGCAUCUCGGGCUGUGUGAUCUUUGGCAGUGGUGCGGUAGUGGAGGAAGUGCUUUUGUAUGGUGUGAGACAGAUGGGUGCAGAGGCUAAAUAUCAGGCCUGGUCGACAGGGGGGUAUGAAGUACCAAGAGUUCCCUUUUUUGGCAAGGAGACACUCUGAGGGGCAUAAAGAUAAGUAUUUAAAGUGGCACAUAUUAUUUGCAAGGGGAUGGUGUUUCAAAUGUCACUUUUACCAGGCUCCUUGUGAGUAAAUUGAAAGGUUAUGUCAAAGAGCCCACUUAGAUACCUGAGUUGUCACAACCAAGAUUACAGCCAACAACCUCUUUCCCUCGUAUUAAGUCCUUAUAUUACGCUCUGUUACUUGAUUUGUCAUAAGUAUAAACAUUUGGUUUUCCAGGGAUUAUGUUUUCACUAUCUCACUAACUGCCUCCUCUCUGCUUCGUCAAAGAGAUCUAAUCCUAAACCUCCGUGAGCUUUACUCUCACUUGGCAGGUUUUUCUGUUUUAUCUUCUUAACACGCUAGUCUCUAAGGAAGUAACGUACUGCCAUUUAUGAGUAUUUCUUGGAGAAACUGUUGUUUUACAGAUGUAUUCAUGUUUUUUUUUCUAAGAAUACAGGAUCACUAGGUGCAAAAAAUCUAUAAUUUAGAGGGAAGUACUCAAUCUCAUCUUCUGUGUUUAUUUACUGUUGCUCCUGUUUGCUCCACACAGGUGUUAUCUUGGGAGCUGUAGCAGGGAUGUUGCUCCGCGUUGCCUCCCCCAUUCACCCUGAUAUUGUCAUGGUGAUUGCAUUUCCUGGAGACAUACUUAUGAGGAUGCUGAAGAUGUUGAUCCUGCCACUCAUCAUCUCCAGUUUAAUCACAGGUUCUGUGUUUCUUAAUCUUAUGGAAAAUAUGUCAUUUUAUGAGAGUGAUAUUGCAUAUUUCAGACAUUUUGAAUUUUAGUCCUUCAAACUGAUUCUGUGAGUGAUCUAAAUUUGAUCAUGAGGAUAAACACACCCUCAAUCCUUCAUCAACACCUAUAACUGCUGUGACACUGCUGAGGUUGACACAAUAACCAAAGGUAUUUUAUUUUAUUUUAAUAGCUGAACUAAAUAUAUAUCAGAUAGUACAGAUGAGAAACUAACAUAAAACCCUUGUUAGUCUUCUGGGUUUGUUAUUGUGUUUCACUGUAUUAUGUCAACAUUUCCAAUCAGGAAGUUCCAAGUAAUAACCAGAGAAACACUGUCAUGCUUGUUUUGGCUGCAGGUCUUGCUGGUUUGGACGCCAAAUCCUCUGGUCGUUUGGGAACCAGAGCCAUGGUCUACUAUAUGACCACCACUAUUAUUGCUGCUGUCUUGGGAGUCAUCCUGGUACUGGUCAUCCACCCUGGUGACCCCAAACUGAAGGAGAAUCUGGGCGAGGGAGAGAAGAAUGAUGAAGUGUCCAGCUUGGAUGCCUUUUUUGAUCUGAUCAGGAAUCUGUUCCCAGAAAAUCUGGUGCAGGCUUGUUUCCAACAGGUAAUGAAGGACAUGACUGUACAGAAAGCUUACCGCUCAAGCUUGACAGUCAGUGUGUGCUAGCUGGUCAAAAAUUCUGUUUUAUUUUGAAAAGUCUGUAAUCUUCUCAUCAUGGCAUCUUCAGUCUUCAAACAGUGGAUUACAAGUUCUAGAUUUGAGCUGGGAAAAAAUGCUGUUUGAAAAAUCUCUAUUGAUAUUUGACCAACAGGAAAUAAAAAUCUGAUCCAAGUGUUUACCAUCAAACUCAUUACUUUAACCUUUCCCUCUGUCACCUCAGAUUCAGACUGUCACAAAGAAAGUGGAAGUGGUUGUUGAAGAGGAGAUCAACGCCACCACCGUGGAGGGUCUGGUAGCUAACAUCACUAAGGAGCCUCAGUUUGUGAUCAAAAAGUCCCUGCAGUUCAAAGGCGGCAUGAAUGUCCUGGGUAUGUGACCAGCAUGAACAAGCAAUACCUGAAGACAUGUUUGAGGCACUGUUCCGCUGUACUGAUAGCAUGACAGCAUGCUAACUAUUACUUUUCAAAUAUGCUAGUUAGCGCUUUUAGCGAGUUUGUCAUCUUAGAUUGGUACGUCAACUAGCUAACGCUUGGUAUUGUGUAUGAAACAGAUGGUAAAAGCAGCAUGACUGUGACUGACAGAUUCAUGAUCCAAAGUAAAACUGUGUUUACCAUGAAUCCUUCUUUUUUUCUGAGAUAAAAAACAUCAACAUAAAUCCUCUUGGUUUAUCCUCUUGAACGCUUAGGCUCUCCCCAUGACAUUGUUUUUGAACAAUGUGUACUUCACUGAAGAGUUACACUAGGAGCCUGCUGGUGUCAUUUGGGUACAAAAGAGAGCUACAAGGUUCAUUCUCUGGGCAUCAUGAAAUUAUUCCUGAAAUUUCAUGCUAGUUCAUCUCAUGGGUGUUAUGUAUAUUACAGUGUGGACUAAGAAAUGGACCAAAUAUUGUCCAUUUCCAUGUGUAGCUGUUAUGCUGUGAGAAUGGUUAAACACAUAAAAAAUAUGUAGUUUUACUUGUGCCAAAUUUCCCCAUAGCAAAGUUGUAGGUGAGUGGUUAAGAAUCUCAUCUUCAUAGUAUCAAGUCUCCCAUGUGGCAGUCAUCUCACCUGUCCACACUGGUAUCCAACGUUUGAUACAUUUAUGAUUUUCUGUCACAGGUCUGAUUGGUUUCUUUAUUGCAUUUGGCAUCUGCAUGGGCAAGAUGGGAGAGAGGGCCAGACUCAUGAUUGAGUUCUUCAACAUCCUCAAUGAGAUUGUGAUGAAACUUGUCAUCAUGAUCAUGUGGUUAGUAUCACCUUAGAAUCUCAUUGACCCAUUUGCAACCCAGUAUUUUUUUAGUAGGAAAUAACUCUAAAUAAAAAGUUAUUUCUUCUGUCAUUACAACAUUUAAAGAGCUGCAAAAAGCAGAAUUUGGAUUUCUUCAUUUGACUUCUGUAGUUAGAGCUUAAUCCGAGACAUAAAAAGCUCUUUUCUCCUGUUAGGUACUCUCCCUUUGGUAUUGCCUGUCUCAUCUGCGGUAAGAUUAUUUCCAUCAAGGACCUGGAGGUGGUGGCUAGGCAGCUGGGAAUGUACAUGAUCACUGUCAUUGUUGGCCUUAUCAUCCACGGAGCGAUCUUCCUGCCCAGCAUCUACUUUGUUAUCGUCAGGAAAAACCCCUUUACUUUCUUCCUUGGCAUCUUCCAGGCCUGGAUCACUGCUCUGGGGACAGCCUCCAGGUCAGAAAUUACAGAAAAGGACUUUUAUUUACUGAUUUUUGUACAAAUCACAGAAACUUUAAUCCAGCCUUCCUAUGCUUGACCCUCUAGUGCUGGUACACUACCUGUCACCUUCCGCUGCCUGGAGGAGAACCUGGGUAUUGACAAAAGAGUCACUCGUUUUGUGCUCCCAGUUGGUGCCACCAUCAACAUGGAUGGUACUGCUCUGUAUGAGGCUGUUGCUGCUAUCUUCAUUGCCCAGAUGAACGGCAUCCACCUCGACCCUGGUCAGAUUGUCACUGUCAGGUAAGGAAACACUCUUGAUUGAAGCUGGAUGAAGUUUUGAUACAUCUACAUUUUCUGUGUUUCAGGGAUACACUGGUAAGACAAGUUAGGCAUGCAACUUAAAACAACUUAAGUCUUCUCUGUAAAUAGCAACACAUUUACCAGCAGUCCCACCUGGCUUUUAAGGCAACAAGAUGUACACGUACAACCCAAAUCAUACCUUUGAAUAAUCAAGGAAACUCAAUACAACCUAUUUGCAUUCUGUGCCUUACUCAGAGCCAAGAUUCUGGGCCGUUUAUCUGACAGCUAGCGGUUUGACAUGCCCUCAUUCAUUUGUGUUUUAGACUGUGAGCUUUGAUUUGUUUAAACAGGGCCCUUAAAUUUUAAAGUGAUGUGAGGCCCUGAACAGAUUUCCCCUCCAAUUCCACCUGUCAUGUUGCUAAUCCACAAACCUUGAUUGCGUAGAUAUCUCAGUAGAUAUGAUACCCUGUCAUAUCAGAUUGCAUGGUACUGUAUUGUAUCACCUUUCAUUGUAUUGUAUCCUAUUGUGUUCUAUCAUAGCUUGUAGUAUCCUAUUGUAAUGUGCUGUAUUGCCAACUGCAUUGUACCAUAUUGUACCAUAUCGUCGUAUCGUAUCGUAUCAAUCGUUACAGGCCCCAGUGGGCUUAAUAUAGCAUAGAGUAUGUGUCAAAUGAAACAAAGAGAUUGGCAGAUCUUACACAUUAAUUUACUACCUUGUCAUGUGGUAGGAACAACUAUUGAAUGUUUUUAUACAUAGUAUAUAGUACAAUAUUAGCAAUUCCUCCUUUUCUCCUGUAUUUGGAUAUAUGUUUUUUGUGCCUUUAGUGGAUAGGACAGUGAAGAGAGACAGGAAAUGUGGGAGAGGGAGAAUAAGAGGGAGGACAUACAGCAAAUGGUGAGGGCCGGGACUUGAAACCGCAACUACUGUAGGACUAUUGGACUAUAGUACUGUAGCCUCCAUACACAGGCCGCACUUACCCUCUAGGGCUAGGCUAUCUGCAUGAUCUGUGUAUUUAGAUAAUUUUUAAUCUAAAUGGUAUAAGAAUAAGAAUAAGAAGAACUUUAUCAAUCCCCGAAGGAAAAAUUCAAUUGUCUGUCGUCUCAUUUGUCAUGUCUUUAAAAGUCAACUACUAUUUAUAGAAGAGUUGUUAAGUCUGAUGGCUGUAGGUACAAAAGAUCUUCUGAAUCUUUCUGUCCUGCAGCGAAUAGAGAGGAGCCGUCCACUAGGUGGAAUUGGUGCCUGCAAUUAGUAUCUGUUCUAACAUUAAAACUGAAUCCUCCAUCUUCACCCUGGACAGAUACAAGACAUAAGUACAGCUAAGUUUGAUCAUAAAAGUGUUGUAAAAUGAAGAUAACUUUAAUAGUAGUUUGCAGUCCUUCUUUAAUGGUGGCCCACCAUUUAAAAUGGUUUGAAUGGGACCUUAAGGAUCCCGUUCAGGAAACUGUCUUGUCUUUAAAAAUGUGAGUCGGCACAGCACCAAUGUAAAGACAUUAAUCAGUGCAUGGGUAAGCCCCUUUGCAACAGCUCCAGAGCAUAAAUUCACAGUGAGGCGAAUAAACCACAGAGAGGACGCCUCAACAUGUGCCAAAGCUGUUUUUCAGGCUGAGCGGGGAAGACAAACACCAUCAACUGUGUGUCUGUAACUAUCUUGUCCCUACAAGCUCUUCUGUUAAUGAAGUGAGUCAAGGAUGGACGACCUUUAGUCUGACAUUUUUAUGGCAUAUCAAUCCAGGAACCCUUAAAAUAAACAUCCUCUAUCUCACAUUUACACCUCUUUAAAUGAGUGAUAGAGGAGCCACUCCAGUGCUCUUUAUAUGAGUACCACAGAGAGUAAAUGUCGGCAUUUGUAGCUGUGCUGUAAAGUGACUUCUGGUUCUGUUGUGUCUGAGGAGCUUAGAUGAAGGGUCAUCUUCGGUCUGUUAUGUAAGUUUGAAAAAUGUGACUGAGUGCUUCUUUACUGUGUUUUUAUCCAGUUUGACUGCCACCCUGGCCAGUAUUGGAGCUGCCAGUAUACCCAGCGCUGGCUUGGUGACUAUGCUCUUGAUCCUAACUGCUGUGGGCCUGCCAACCCAAGACAUCAGUCUGCUGGUUGCUGUUGACUGGCUGCUGUGAGUCAAAGAACAAAGAAAUAUUUAUGUUCAGUUUGAUUUUUCAUCCCUUUGCUUCUGGACUAUCCUUUUGAUUUAUGUUUCUUAUUUAAUCUAGCAUGCAAUACCAACUUUUCUCUCAAACUUCCUUUUCAUUUAGGGAUCGAUUCAGGACCUCAGUGAACGUGGUGGGUGACUCCUACGGUGCAGGCAUCGUGUACCACAUGUCCAAGGUGGAGCUGGAUGAGCUGGAUGCGCACGCGGCCAAAUCGGACGACAUUGAAAUGAUGACAAAGACCCAGUCUUAUUACGACGACAUGAAGAACCACCACGAAAAUAAUUCCAACCAGUGCGUCUUACCCGAUACCGCUACCACAACUGCUACUGCCACUGCUAACAAUUCUGUCGUAGUAGAUGAAUGCAAGGUACAAUUAAUGCUUACGGACGUAGAGACUUGUAUAUAACCCUCUCUGUUGUUGCAUGCUCACUCUGUACUUUUGCACGAUUCUUUUAUAUUUAUUGCUUGUUUUGCACAUGACCAUGUAAAUACACCCACAGUUAUUUUAUUACAGAAGUGAAACAGGAGAAGAACAGAUGCAUGAGCACGUAUGUAUUUUUAUUUUCCAGAAAUAGCAGCUUUUGUGAUGAAUACACACCCAAAAAAAAAUAGUCACCCUUGCCAGGAAGAUUUGGAAAACAAACAAUUCAUUAUUUGUUUAUUUAGUUAGUUAGUUUAAUUUUGAGUGUUGUGCAUCCGCUCUCAGCUUUUUUAGGAUAAACGGAUAUCUGUAACCUGUUGGGAAUUGGGGCUCACUUGAAAGGCAGUGCCAGAUAAUCCUCAUGGCCCUGAGGAAUUAUUUAGCAGUCUUUCCAUCUACCUCUCUCCAAAAUGAGAAAAAGAUCAACAAAGCUCCCUCUGGAAUAUUGUUUUUCUUGAUCUACAAACACGUUAAAUGCUUUGCAGGUCUAUUUCCUAAUGCCAGCCUUUCCUAAUGGGUUUAAAAUUCAUGUUAGGGAAAAGCAUUCCAGCUAAUUAACAUUUCCCAUAAGCCCUACUACAGGCAUACAGUACAUCUACCAAGCAGCCCGUGCGUCAUUCACAGCCUUUUUUCUACAGUUUAACACCAGAUAUUUCUGCCAGCUAGGAGAACUGUUCUGUGAAAUUCAAAGCUGUGAAGUAUAGCUCCCAUAAUGUAAAACAUAAUGCCCUUUGAAUCCCAUCUUUGAAUGCAGUCAAGCCUUGUAGAAUAAAGUAUGGAAGUUCGUACACACACACACACACACACACACACACACAAACACAUCCACACACACACACACACACACACACACUGAGACAGAAAAGGUCUGCUGAUGAGCCUAUUCAUUUAUUAAAGAAUGAAGGUGUUGCUUAGCAACGCUGGCAGCCUGUCACACAUGUUAUCAGUCCAUAGUGAAAAGUUGUAUUGUCCCCCCUUCAUCUAUGUUUGUCAUCAGACUUAAAAAUGACACAAAAGCUGCUAUUUCCAUCCUGACUAAUUCAUUUUUGUUCAUUUUUUCUUGUCAGUAGACUAACAUCUUUAACCCUGUUGUAAAUAUUAAACCACUGUAGAGCUUGCAAGCUAGUUAUAACUAACAAUGCAUUCAUUCAUUAGUCUUUGUACCUUGUUUUUAUGCAUUCUUUCUGUUUUCCCAUAAGUUAUUCAUUUUUAUUAUUCUUAUUCUUUAUAAGACAUGUUGAGUUUUUGUCAAUCUUAAACUUGUGGUCUGUUUCAGGUCAGUAUAAAGGGACUCAGCUAUUAAGACUACUAAAAGCAUGAUCAUCUGUGGUUGUACUGGAUUGACAGUAUUCUGUCGAUAUAUAUAUAUAUAUUUUUUUUUUUUUUCAGUUUUUUUUCUUUUGCAUGUUGCAAAAUAGCUAUAACACUUAAAUGGCUGUAUUUUAAUUGCCAAAGUUACCAUUGCUGCAGAAUCCAAAAAAGUUCUUAAUAGUAUUCUGGUUUUAAGGCUUUGAGGUUCAAAAUGUUUACAGAUGCAUGUGUUAAAGGUUCAGAACUGUGCAUAGCUGUAUUUAUUGGUAGCGACGCUUUUUUUAAAGCAUAGCAAGUACUUAGUAAGCCAGUAUUGUUAUAAAAAUGUGUAUUUGAAAAUGAUGGUUGUCUGUGCCUUGGAUCAGCUGUUUAGUUCUCCAUGCUAACGUCUUGCAGGUAACCUCAGCCACAAAUGGCUCUGCUGCGGAGUGCACGCUUGUUGAGGAGGAACCAUGGAAACAUGAAUAAUGGCAGCACAGAGAUCCCCUGCUCCUGGGCUCCACAAGCUUUCCUACCUGGUGAUAAAAAAACAAGUGAAUGAAAAAAAAAAGUCACAUGAACAGAACUACUAAUUGUUUUGGUUUUUUUUCUUUUUCAUGUAGUUUAGUUUUUUUUUUUUUUUAAAUUAGUCCCUUUAAAACUUUUGUAACUGUCUAUCUGACUGAUAUGUAGUACUAAUUCACUUAACCGUGAAGUGAUAACAGAGGUUUACUUUACCUGUUAGAGCACAAUUAUGUCCUCUACUAUCAUAGCAGAUACUUGCACAACAUACUUCAAGGCUUGGGGAGGGAAGGAAGAGAAAAACACUUUGUAUAAGCUGUUUCAUGCAAUACAAGAUGAGAGAAGAAGUGGCUUGAAAACAUGGGAUGCACUGAGAUCAUUUUCCAAUUUUCAUGAAGGUGAUUCAUUUUGCUAAUGCCAGAAGAAGAGUGGGAGUUAGAAUAUUGAACACGUCAGUCAACAAACUGUACCUCCUGCUUUACAUCCCUGUAAGUAACACCAUGUGUCAAAAAAGCCACUUUUUUUCCUUCUCAGUUUGGUCUCUCAUCUAAUUACAUCCCUUUUAAUUCGUCAAGCCUCUUUCUAUCUGGCUGUAUAUGCCCACUGUUACCCACUUCCCUAAGGUUAAAAAAAACAAAACGCUAAAAGCACAAAUCAAAUCACGGAGCCCUUUCUUUUAAAAGAAAAAAAAACCCUUUAUGUUUUUUUCCUUUUAUAUCAACUUUAAAGAAAAGGGACUUUUUUCUUUGUGUCACUUGUGAUGAUGAUGAUAUGAUUACUGUUUGUGUGUGUGCUUGUGUGUGUGUAAGAGAGAGAGAGUGUGUGAGAGCUGGGGUUAAGAACAUGACCAAGUCAAUGAUAGGGACCAAACAGGCAGAUAAUCAAUCAUUUGAACUGCCUCUGAGAUAUUAGCAGCACAGCACAUUUCUCAGAUUUGCCACAUAGAAUUCUAUUUGUACCUGAAAAGCACCGCCGUUCAUACAAACCAUUUUUCUAACAAAGCCUCAAAACUUGAAGCAAAGAAAGUCACUGCCCCAAAUAUAAACUUUUUACAGUUCUCUUCCCUCAAGCUCCAAAAGAAAUCAAGUUACUGAUGCCAAUAAAAUUAGAGUAAAGCACAAAAAAGAGCCUGUAUGGAGCACAAACAAUAGAGCACAAGUAAAGCCAAUGUGGGUAAUUUCAGUCGAUGGCAAAGUCAAAAUUUUGGGUUAUGGCUCAUACUGGCACAAAUGAUACUCUAGCUUGUAUGUUUACUAUUUACAGGGACGUGAAAGUGUCAUCAUGACAUGUUUACUUUUUCACUCUGAGAAAAAUGGCCUAAAACAGCACAACCUCAACAGCUUUUGACUUUGAUGAUUGACUGCAAAAGUCAAGAGAUUCCACAAUGUGACGUUACGCCAGCAAGGUUUUGUAGCACAUAUGUAAAGCACACACACGUACACACACACAUAUUUAGAAGAACAUUCCAGUGCUCAUGCACCACUACCUAAAAGCACAUUGCUGAUGAGAGCACAUAAGGUGUACCACAUGAGAAAUAAAGAGAAAAGAAGCAGUCCAGCUCUCAGCUGCUGGAUGGAUUCUUGGCUUGCAUAAACAAAGGCAGAUCAUUGAUAGAGGACACUGCAGGGAGGCCCGCCAGCUUCUUGUUUAGCCAGACCUUCAAAAAAGUAAACAACAAUAUACUUCAGACACCAGAGCUCAAGACUGUUUCUACAAACCCUACAUGCUGCAGCAGUGUGUCCGUAUUGCAGUAGAACGAACAAUGGACACUUCACAUGCCAGAAUGUUGCCAACUAUCAGGUAAAAACAUCAACAGUAUUUUCCUCUCAUAGGACCAAAUGGCUUGAAAAGAUCUGCAGACACACAAACGAAAGCCAGACUGUUGGCUGUUAAUCUUUUUAGCCUGUGUGAGUGAAUGUGACGUGGGUGCUGAUUUGAUUUAUCAGUAUUGUGACCUUCUCUUCUGUCUCGUCUCUUCAUUUGUGCUAUACUUUAUGCUCAACCUUGCCUUGGAGAUGUUCGCUGAAAACAAAUGCCAAUUAAAGUAACACUAGGAAACUAAACUAAACACGUAGUGCGCCACUCUGUCCUAGUUCCUGAAACACACGCUCAGAAGAUGUCUUUCACUGUUUUGAUUCCAGCAGAGAGUAUGAUCCAACAUCAUGCACGCUCUGCUGCACACGCUGCGCAGACUUACACACACAAGAAUAAGCAUGCACACACACACUCACCCACCCACUGCACGGUUACAAAAACACACAUGCAAACACUCCUAAACCUCGAAGGUCGCUAUAUUUCUGAAGGCUGCAGAGCCCAGCAGUGACACCCCUAACAGGCCCCUCGAGUCUGACCAUGUGAUCUUCAGGAAAAUAAAAAAGAAAGGCAGACCAUACAGUGUCAUCUAGGGGAUUGAGUGUUGGACCAAUAUCGUGUUCAAACUCACACUUUUAGAAGCAUGAAUAAAAAUAAAAGUAUAAUUAUUUUUUUUUUGCACCACUAUCUUAAAAGCAUGAUAUUUUGAAGUGCCUCCUUGCACUUUGUGUAUAUAUUGUAGGUAACAGAUGUUUUUUUGUUUGUUUUUUGUUCCUUUUUUUUCUUUGGGGAGGGGGGCUGCUGGAAUGGUAUGUAGGAUUAUAGGUUCAUUGCUGUGACAUUUUUAAUGUAAUCCUCUAGAAGAAAAAACAUCAUCUAUGUCCUGAAUAAAGUUAGAUUAGAUGAAAAUGUAUAGAGAGGGAAUCGUGUAAUAAAUUGCUUGUUUUUUUAUUCUUUACUAGCUGUUAACUAGUUGUUUUACUUACCUGUCACACACCAAUAUAUAAAUAUCUUUUUUUUUUUUUAAUCUAAUGUAAGCGUUCUGAAUGUUUGUUCCAUGGAGAUAUAAGCAGUGUGAAUUCAUUUUCAUUGUACAUAAAUAAAUAUAUAAAUGUUCUGUUCAGUGGCAAUGCAGAAUUUUCCGGAAAUGGCAGUGUUCCUGAAGCAGACACUGUUUGCAUGAAGAGGAGAAUGACACAGAGCGAGAAAGACAGAAGGAAAGAGAACAAAGGGAAGUUUCUGGUUCGUUAAAAAGGGACAACAUGAGUUAUUUUGGCAGGAAUUACUGUGGUAAGGUUGCUGAAAAGAGAAAGAUAAAGGAUAAGGUCACAUGCCCUGUAUGUAGGAUAGAGUGAGGAAUCAAACGCAGCUUAGAAGACACUCGAGAAGAGAGAGAGAUGCAUUCAGAUGCCUGUGAAAGUAGGGAAACAUUCCUCAGGUGACUCAUCCGAACCAUUUUGUCUUUUCAAAGGAGAAAACUGGCUUUAGUCUCAGGCAUCACUCUUCACCUGGUGCAUGCCAUUUAAAGCUGCAGCACAUGAAUAUCUACAUCUUUAUAGAUUUCAUGCCACGUCUUGACCUAUGACCUGCCAUCUGCAUUAUGGAGGUUUUUCGUCAUUCCACUUGGUAAACUGCCUUCACUUGACUGCCUUUUCUUUGCUUGUACACAAACAAACUUAAUGCACAAACAGCCAGAACUAGUGGAGUAAAAUGGUUCUGAUUAAAAGGAAACUGACUGACACCGUAUUACAACAAAAAGCCAGUGUAUCUUUGAGCGUAUCCUUUUCUACUGAAAUGUGUCUUUCUGAAGAAACUUCCCAGACAGAGCUGAUAACCUGCCUCACUCCUGCCUACAACGUGCUUUCCUGACCUUACUUUUCUAGGCCUUCCCUCUUUGUAAAACUGUUGUAAUUUUGAUGUAAAGGCAGAGCGUAUGUGUGCAGGAGAUACACCAUUGAGAAAAAAAAAGACAAAAAAAUACAAGAAUUCUUUCCUCGGUCUAUGGUAUACAUAAAGAUAAAUCUGUUUCUACAUAUCAAUAAGUGUUGUACCUUUGGUGUACAUAUACAAAUAUAACUAAUAAAUGUUGAUUCAUAACUAAACAUGGCUGCUCUCUGUGACUGUGUGAAUCUGUAUAUCACAUUUAUACAAUGCCUGUUUCUGAUGUUAAGUUAAUGUAAUUAUGA